UGAAAAACCCUUGUUCUUGUUGUUGUCCUUAUCCUUGUCCCUGUCUCUGUCUCUGUCCCCAUCGCUUCUUCUGGUUCUCUCUUCCAACUCAUUAUAGUUCCAUUUUGCCUACUCUUUCUAUUUUCUAGUACUUCCUCUUCUACUCUCUUCAGCCUUGCAAAAAAGCUAGCUAUUUUAGUUCAGUUUAGUUCAAAAGCUCAAACAUUUCUACAUAAAUAGGAACCAAAAAUUACACAUUUAUGAUAUAUUACAACAAUUUCAAGUUUUUGCAGACAGGACAAGGUUUAAAGCCCCUUCUGUAACACAAACCUAAGACAAAUAGAUUCAGAAGAAGCAUUUUUCAAGUGACCAACCAACCAAGCAUGAUUCCUUCUCAUGGCCUCAUCAUCUCUCUCAUUUUUGUUUCCAUCAUGGCUAAUGAAGCAACCUUAAUCCAUGAGGCAAAUGGGUCAUUUCCCAUGGUACCUUUGAUGGAAGAAGGGAAGAAGAGUGGGUUGAUGAUGAUGAUGAAUGAGAGCAGAAGGAAGCUUGGAAGCUUCCAGAUAUGUGCUCUCUGCACCUGCUGUGGUGGUCCAAGAGGAGUGUGCUUGCCCUCUCCUUGUUGCUAUGCCAUCAAUUGCAACAUUCCAAACAAGCCCUAUGGAUUCUGUUCAUUCACUCCCAGGACCUGUAAUUGCUUUGGAUGCCAUCUUUAAAAUUCCAUCCCCCCCUUUAUCAUUAUAAUUCUUAUUUAUAAUAAUUUGAAAAUUGUGAAGGGUUUGUCUUUUUAAUUAAUUCUGUUUCAACUGUGAAUGGGAAGAGAAGUGGAGAAUAUCUGUCCUUGAUUUGUUUUUUUAAUCAAUUAAUUAUCAUUAGUAUUAUGAAUAUUUUUUUUCUUAAGCUGUUACUGGGAUUUUUUAGGGGGAGAGGGUCAUGGAAACAGCACAUUGUCUUAUUGUCAGAAUUUAGCAUUAUAUAUUUAUUUAUAUGAUUAUAUAUUAUAUUGAAGUACAUAGUGAAUCAGGAAGGAUUGCCCUUCAAGUGGAGAUAUUGGGGUUGAUGAUAAGUUUUAACUUUAUGAAUGAAUAUAGUAAUGCAAUUGCUCAGUGGGCAUGUCUUUUGGCUAAGACUUGCAAGUUGAGAAGAAGAAGGAACUUUGGGGUUUCUUGCUUUAUAAAUUAUUUCAUUUGUUUAUGCUAGUAGACUGCAAAAUUGUAAGGAUUUGUUUAUUCAAUGUUAUUAUAUGUGAGAUUUAUGUCUAGUAAUGUUUUGCUGCUUCAA